GAGCGCCCACAGAGAGCGAGAGAGAGAGAGAGAGAGAAUCUCCGAAUCCUCUAUUAUUUAGGAAGAAGAGAAUGAGCGAGCUGAAAAAAUAAAAGGAGAAAGAAGGGAGAAGCGAUGAGCGAUUCUGUGGGUGGUCACGAUAGGCAAUAAAAGAAGCAGAGAGGAGAAAAAAUGGAGGGCAAAAAAGGUUGGAAUUAGUAAAGAAGGCCGGAUGGCGACAAAUUCCCUGUUACUGUUCUUGUGGAAGGUCGAAAGAGAUUUUAUUAUCUCGGAUCUCUCUGUCUCUCUCCUUAACCUGGCCCAGGAGAUUGAGAUAUCCCAAUCUGAUGACGAUCUUAAGCCUCUUAUAUUUCCGAACAGCAAGAUUCUUCCAAACAUUUCGACUUUGGUGCGUUGAUGUAGUCUUCCAUCGCCUAAAUUAUUCUUUGUGGUAAUUGUAGUAGCACUGCGGCUUCCUUGUCCUUUCCUAUGUUGGCUUGUUCUCGCAGUAAGAAUGGGUUGGACAUCGUUGAUCUCCAUGGUAGAAGGAAGAUGGGGACUUUUGGGUUUUGAUGUUUCUGGUCAUGCUAUCGAAUCGUCUUCAGGGGGUUCUGAAUACUGUUAGAGGGUUCUAGUUGAGCUUGGCUGGAGAGUGCAAGCCUUUCUCUUGAUUAUCAAAUUGAAGGGCUUCAUCCGUCCCUCUCAAAAUUGUGUUUUAUCUUAGGCUUUUGGUGUGGCAUGCAGUUUUCAAGUUUAUUUAUGUUGUCCAACUUUAGAGGCCGCAGAGUUGCGUUAAUUUCUGAAGUAUUAUUUCUCAGUGAUGAAUGAUUUCGGUAUUUCAUCAGAUCUUUUCAAGGAUGAAAAAUGAUUGCAAGUGCAGAGUUUAAUGGGAAAGUUCUACAAAUUGCUGUUUCCUAAUUGAUUGGGGAUGGGAACAAAAGUCCAUUACAGAAGUUACUUUCCAGGGCAUGAUAAAAUGAGAGAUCUCAAUGCGGACGCAGGCAACAGUUGGCCUUCCUUCUAUAUAAGUAAGACACCCAGUAAACAUCUCUACAAUGGUUGCUUUCCGAGUCCUUCAACUGGACAUUCUGAAUGUGAUAAAGAAAUACUAAAGCAGACAAUGCUUGAACAUGAAGCUAUAUUCAGAAAACAGGUCUACGAACUUCACCGUCUUUAUAGCAUACAGAAGGAUCUGAUGGAGGAGUUUCAAAAGAAUGGUUUAUCUGGGAUUUCUGAACAUAAACUCCCAUCAAAAACAUUUUCUUGUUCAUCUCAAGUUCAAUCUAAUUAUGCCACAAGAAUGCGGCAGAUGUCUCAUCUUUGCGCCAACAAUGACUGGAAAAGGGAAAAAUCGAGAUACAAUGAUGUUAUUUAUCCCGUCAAUUUUCUUGAAAGUAAUCUGCAAUCUUCUUCUGAUUUUCUUGAAACUGAAACCCUAAAAGGAGUUGCUGAACCGACUGGCAGUUUUAGAAAAUGUCCUAAAAAAAUGCUUGAUUUUCGACUUCCGGUUGCUGCACAUAUUGAUGAUACUGAAAGAUCAGAGGAAAUUCCUGGUUCGUCAUCUGUAAACACAAGUACUUGUUCCAGAAUCUGCACCGGAGACUCUGAGAUGGAAUUGAAGCUUAGUUUAGUUAGUGUUGGUGGUUCAGCUGGAAAAGAUGUUUGCAAGGUGAAUUAUCUUCACAAAAAUAGCCAUUUCACUGGCUUGGCUGAUUUAAAUGAACCUACCAGACAAACAUCCUUGGAGGGUGCACCUAAUUCAUUUCCUGUUAAGGUUUUUGGGCCAAAAAAUCAAACUGACGAAAAUCACAGGCUCAACUUUCCUUUGAGCUCAACCACAUUGAGCCUGCAAAAUGCAUUCACCAAAGAUGGAGAUUGUGGUGAACGGACUUUCUCUGAUGUUUUUCAAGGAGCAACAGAGGAAAAAGUUGGAGGUUCUGUAUGCCAUAAUGAAGCUGGGAAAAUUUUCCCUGUAAGUUUUAUGAAUUCAACUUCACAUAAAGAGAAAGACCGUGUGCUCUGCCAACCUGUAAAGCUGAAUGUUAACAAGGUGAGAGACAUUAUUUCAAUUGAUGAUAAUGAAGCAUCUACAUGGUCUGGGCAUGAACAAGACAAUCAUUUUCUAAUUUCUGGAAAAUCCCAUGGGCAUUCAGAGUUCGGUAAUUUAGGAAAGCUUACUUCUGUCUUGUCCAAUUCCUUCUCAAGUUCUCUUAAACUGGAAAGCAACAUGACCUCCUUGCCAGUGGUUCCAACUUGGACGAAGUUUCCAAGUGAUGAAAACAAUGCGUCAAGCCCAUUUUCAGCAACUUCAAGAUCUAGUAAAGUGCAAAAGAUCUGCAGUUCUGACAUUGCGACUAAAGAUUCUAAUGGUUCCUUGAGCAGUUCGCAGGUUGGUAUUGAUUUGAAGUCACCCCUGAGAUUUGAAGAGAAAUCUUCUUCUCAUCUCAAUGGAUUAAAUGAUGGGCUUCAGUUGCAAUCUCAUUCUACGUUACAAAUAAAACUCCCAUUUACCAAUAUAAAUCUCAAUGAUGAAGCAGAAAAUUCCUUUUCCGCGACUCAAGAUGGACCGAACACUCAGCAGAAUAAGGCAACAGAAGGCAUAGAUGCAAAACGUGAAGAUUUUUUGCCUGGACUAUCUUGGCUCAAGAGAAGACCGGCUUGCAAGUCUUUGGAACCAAGCAAGCUUCCCUCUCAGGUGGAUUUAGGAUUCAGCCAGAUGAAUCGAAUUCAUGAGAAGAAAUCCGAAGAUGCAGCAAGUCUUCUUUCAUGCAACUUCGAUGUUUUCUCAUCAUCUCUACAUAAAAGAGAAAGCAAAAUACAGAAUAAUCAGCUAUCUCACCGUUUGAUUAGUACGAAAUUUAUCACCCCUACUUUUGAAAAGCUCCAGCAAAAUUUAUCUUCUUCUUCAAAUGAAGAGAAGCUAAUAAUCGAUGAGUUAAAUCAUGCCAGAAUGCCCCAUGACAUGAAAAUGUAUAGCUCAGAAAAAUCAACCUCUUUAGAAAAUAAUAGAAGAAACUCCAGGAAUUUAAUAGAUCUAAAUUCUGUGUUUCCAUUCAUGGAUGAUCCAGAUUCCUCUGAUAGUUCGGCAGAAGGCCAGGCAGAUCUCCCAUCAGUACAUUCAGAGCCAAUUUUAGUUUCCAGGGUAUUACCCUUUAUCGACCUGGAGGCACCAGUUAUGAACCUGGAAGAGGAUAACGUCACUUCUGACAUUGCAUCCACUCCCUUUAGCAGCAGAGUUAGAUUGCAGGAGGAAUUGUGCUCCCAUGAGAUGCUUAUCAAGGAGGCAGCAGAGAAUAUUGUCAAGCUGUCAUUGGAUGGAUUUCAGAAUAAUGAAAUCCAGAGCUCCAUGCCCGCCACUCAACCAGACAAUACCUUGCAUUUAUUUGCGGAGAUGAUUUUAUCAAACAAUAAUAUUACAGAACUGAAUGCAGCAGGAGAUUGUCUUUUGCCGCAUCGAGAUGAAAGAUUGGACCUUUUUGAGCUAAUGACAUUGCAGCUGGAAGAGAUGAAACCAGAGAAAUUAUCGUGCAUCCCGCAGGAAGCAAAAGAUGGGGAAGUCAAUGAGAAGAGCAAGGCCUCACUUCUCCUAGCAAAGCCUCGAAGAGUACAAGGGAAGAAGAGAAGACAAAAAAAAGACUUUCAGAAGGAUAUUCUCCCUGCACUUGCCACAUUAUCAAGGCAAGAGUCCAUGGAAGACCUUCAGGCCAUUGGGGAAUUGAUGAAAGCCUCUGGCAUCCCUUGGAAAGCGGGAAUUCGGAGACGAAGUUUGCGUGGGAAUAGCACACAAGCUCAGGCCGUCCGGAAACGGCGACAAAAAAAUUCUUCGGCCUCUGUAACGGCGGUCGAGAUCAGCCCUCCAACCUCAUUGUUUAUGGUUGAUGAUAACAAUUAUAAUCCUGAAUUGGAAGUUGACCGGCAUCCUAUUAUCAGCUGGGGUAGAACAACUAGACGGUGCAGGAGUCAGAGAUGUCCUCCAAUGGGCGUUUCAAGCACGCUAAUGUGACUCACCUAGAGCUUUCUUCAUAAUUGUAAAGGCGGUUUAUUUCGGCUGGUAAGAUUUGGUUACUUAAAUUGGUCAUAUGGUGCACAAAUUUUCUUCUUGAAAAUCUAAAAAUAUGGCUAAACUGCAUAUUAAUUUGCAAACAACGCUUGUAUUUCUAGAAUAUAUGGCUAAACUGAAGCUUUGGUUACCUAUCUGAUUUUUGUUUCGAAGUUACAUGCAACGGCUACAAUUUUAUCUCCGCUGAUUCUUUUUCACGAAGUGUUUGUUUUACAAAAUGGAUUCAUUCCAUGAACCAAACUGUAAAUAUUUUGGUGAGGAAAUUGAUACAGUUGAUAUUUCAUGGUCCUGUAUUUUUUGUAAACUGUUGGUGAAGCUGAUGAAAUAUGAGGAGACGCUUUUUUUUU